GUUUGGUGUUUAAGUCAACCAUAACUUGCAACCAGUUUUUAACAGGAAAUAAUUUUAAACUAAUAAAACUUUUUGUUUAAAUAAAAUUGUUAAACACAAUUUCCAACAACAUGAAAUUAUUGUGCCUUUUUGUAUUAAUUGCUGUCAUCUACGAAGCCAAUGCCAGUACUAAGCGUUUGUGUGGUCCUGUUUUGGCACAAGUUUUGGAAUCGGUUUGCAUUAAUGGUUACAACUCCAUUAAAACUAAGAAAUCAGUACCAAUGGUCCACAAUAACUUAGAUGUUUUGGAUAACUACAAUGAUAUGGAGGGUGAAGAGAAUGCACUCGCUGCCAAACACUCAUUUUUGGAUGACUUAUUAAUGGUCGAUCAUAUUAAUUCCGUGGCCAAAACCCGCAGACGUCGUAAUCUUUUUGGUAUUUAUGAUGAGUGCUGUGUUAAGGGCUGUACCUUUGAUGAAUUGACUUCCUAUUGUAAAUAGAUUUUCGGAUUUUGAAAUUAUCAGUAUUUAAGACAUAAGCGACAACGACCAACGAAAUGUAUAUUUUUUCUUAAUUUAGUAUUAUUUUAUGAAAUUAUUAUUGAAGAAUAAUAUUACUAAUAAAAGUGCUAAAAAAAUAAUGAAGAUAUUGCAAGCAAACAAAAA